AUGCCUGUCCCCAAGAAAGAAGGCACGCCGAGCGGAGGCGGUGCCGCCAGAGCCGACGGCCGGGGUCAAAAUGGCAAUAGAUCAAACUUUCGAACCGAUGCAGCUAUAUCAAACAGCCGUUUUGGGAACGAGCGCACCUUGCAGCCCUGGGUUCCCGAUGCUGCUGAUGGUGUGGACGGCAGUCUAGAGGCCACCUCCACCUCCAGCAGUAUGCCCUGGGAUCAAUUUGCUGCAAACGAGAAACUCUUUGGCCUGAAGACUGAUUACGACGAGAAUAUCUAUACCACUGCUAUCAACAAGACACACCCUCAGUAUCGGGAAAGAAUGGCUGCUGCCGACAGAAAGGCCAAAGAAAUAGAGCGCAGUGUAGCAACCACGGCUCAUGUUGCGGAAGAACGUGUCAUGGAUUAUGUUGGAGGUGGUGCCUCGGAGGAGAAUGAAGAAGACAAGUAUAGUGGUGUACGCCGCCAGGACUUUCCUCCACUCUCCGGGGCUGGCCGAGAGAACCGUUACACGCCCCCUGCCAAACGUGCACCCACGUCGCAGUCGACUGUGAAAGGUGCACCUGUUGAUCCAGCGAUCAUAUCCUCACAGCUCAAGGCUCCUGCUAAAAGACAAGCUGCGUCGACGGAGCAGUCACGACCUCAGUCUUCGGAGGCGAUUAAGAAUGGCGUUGCUGGCAAAGCAGAGACUCCGAAGUCGUCUACACCCAAGCCCGUGGAAGAGAAGCCCAGUGAUUCUAAGGCAGCAACCCCGCCUAAUACCACUUCGGAAUCCAAAACGCCUGAAUCCAAGCCUUCGGAGAAGACGACCGCAGCCGGUCCAUCCUCUGCAUCGUCCUCCCGUAACACGUCUUCUCAGCCAAAGGAGGCAACGCCAAGCGCAACAUCCACCGUCGAACGUGACGUAUUAAAGGAAUUUAAGAGCUUUGCGUCUCAGCAGCGUCUCAAUGCAGAAAAGGCUAGGACCAACAAGGCCCGUGCCGAUAAGGAGGUCAAGUUGACAGAAUUGAAGAAGUUCGCAAGUAGCUUUAAGCUGACAACUCCCGUACCCACGGAUCUGGUGUCAAUUAUCGCAAAGGACCCAGCAAAGCAGAAAGAAAUCCAGGCAAAGGCUAUGAAGAAUGCCGAGGAGAUGUCCAAGUCCAAGUCGGAUUCGGCGGCGAAAGACAAGAGCCAGUCUACCAAGGAGGCGGCGACCACGAAAGCGUCUGAUGUCCACAAUCCUGCCAAUACAGGUGAUAGCCGUGCUACAAGAACAGUCCCCGUACCACAGGUGUCUGGGCCUACAGGCAACGGUAAUAGACACGCCGGACCUCGCCAGCAAUUUCCACAGCAGCCAUAUCAUCCCCAGCCAUAUCGAAACAACCGCGGUGGCCCGCAACACACCACUUCCCAGCAGCCGACCGGAAACUUGGCACAAAGACUUCGUCAUGUGGAACAGCAAAGGUACUCGCAGCCGCCUCCCCCAGCACAGCACACUCCAGGCCAUGAGAUGCGCGCUCCCCCUACUGGUCCCGCCAGCAAUGCGGAUUCUGGCUUCAACAGGCGAUUGAGCGGAGCUCCUGGACAGAUGGGCGCCAAGUUGAACCCUAACAGCCAUGAAUUCAGACCUAGCCCUUUUGCAGCCGCUUUCAAUCCCAACAGCCACACCAGUGCAGGUUCUAGCCCACGCACCUCGGUCAACAACGUCACUGACAGCCCCGGCCCUGUGGCACCGCAGACCUCCAUCAUUCGCCGUAAGACGAAAGCUGUGGAUGUCAAUAAAUGCUCGAUUUUGUCGCAUAUCAAGACCUUGGCGCCGCCUCAAGGACGUAACUGGGACGACAACGGCGGUCUACGGCCCUCAUACGACACUCUGCCAACGUGGCGACAGCUACAAGACGAUGAAAAACCUGAUUCAACCAUGCAUCUUACAUAUAAAGAGUACCUCGAGCGACAGCCUUUCAACGGGCCCUCCGCAGCGACUCCAAAUCCCACGCAUGUCGUUCCACAGAUGGCGCACCAGCACCAACUUCCAUUUCAUCUUCAGCACGGCGCCCAUAACGUGCCAACUCGGCAGUCACCGCACAUGGCACCGAUGCAAAUGCACACGCCACAACAUGGGCCUGUACCGCAUCCGCCGUACGGCUCUGACGAACACAGGAUGAUGCACUCCAAUUCAGCCCAGUCGUUUGCUUCUCCUCGCAUGGGUCAACUUCCAGUUGCAUAUCCUGGCCAGGGCCCGUAUCAACAGCCAGUUUUCGUUGCCCCAACUAAUCCCCAAAUGGGACAAUAUCGCAGUUUCUCCAACAAUCCUCACUACGUACCACCGCAACAAGGUCACAUGGGUGGCCCGAUGAUGAUGCAGCACCAGUUCAUUCAUGGCCCUCAAGGGAUGGUUACGCCUCAGAUGAUGUAUCAUGGCGCUCAUCCGCAAUACAUGCCACCUACUGGACCACCGCAGCCAGUUCCAGGUGGUAAUGGGUAUCCAAGCCCGGGACGCCCCGCUGCAGCUCUCAUGAUGCAUCAAGGCUCUCAGCAGGGCCAGCCUGUCUACGGCAUGAGCCCCAAUGUGCAGUACAACCAACCUGCAUAUGGUCCGGGUCAACCUAGCGGGCCUGGUCAGUGA